GGCGCAUAUCGCAUCGCGGGUUGCUGUCUCUGCUUCAACAAACAGCUCGACGAGCUCACGGCUGAAGACUCAUGGGACUUCUCGACUGAAAAUGUCUGCAACUCUGACACCGUUCCUAUUCCAGACACGGACACUGGCCCGGUACGCAAGAUCCGGACCUGUUGCUCCAACUCGCCUCGCCCGGUCGUUGCACGCAUCGCCGAGUCGUCGACGACGACAAGCCGAGCGCGACCCAAUCCCCUUCGAACUACCUCCCGACCUCGAGAACCCGGACGCACGCAGAGGCUCGGAGGUCGGAGUUAAGGGCACCAUCACCCCCCUUGAGCGCCAGGCCUUCGAGUCGAUCUUCAGGGAGAUCAGUGAGAAGGGGAAGAGCCUGCCCACUGUCACCCCAAAGAAACAGAAUGCGCCGAGCCUCGCGCAGAAAGAACCGAACUUUCUGAAAGGUCUUUAUGAUGGCGCGCCCUUCAAUGUCAACGCCAUCAUGCAGGAUGCUGCCGAAAAGCAGUCAGCCUCCACGCCAAACGUAAAUGAGCUGGACCCCCUCUCGCCACUCCAGUCGACGUUCUCGGCCGCCGAGCGGGAAGAGGCACUCCUACAGUUCCCACCGAGUCUGAGGCGGGCGGCAAGAACGGCUUACGGCAUGAUGGAGUCUGCCAGAGACAUCCCCGUGGCUACAGAAGGCGGCGGUCAAGAAGGCUUGGGGCUAGAAAGGGACGCAGUCGAGGCGGACGCAGUCGAGGCCGUCGCAUCGACCGACAAUCUAGCCAGGAAGGUCGAGGCGGACGCAUCGCGUCGGGAGGCAAGGCUCACGAUCAGGGCCAAGAUGGAAAAGGCCGAGAACGACUUUGCGCUCUGGGAAGUCGUUGAGAAGGAGGUUUUCAGCCUGGUCGACAAGCUCGGUCUCGCUGCAGCGCCGCCAGGGUCAAAACCGCAGAAACAGAAGCCGAGCAGGAAGAAGAAGGCAGCCGCAGGGGACGAAGGCGCCAAUGCUGAUGCCUCGGCGGCGGCUCCUAAACCUCUUCUCAACAUGGACACCUACGGGCCGAUCUACCCCAUGCUCCUCCUCGAUGCCCUGCACAUGUUAGACAACAAGUUCUCCCGCCCAUCGCCCUUGGCCUUCUCGCUCCUGCCACGCAUCAAAGAGCUCGGGCUCCCGUCCUAUGUUCUCGGUGUCAGCACAUCAUUCUACAACAAACUACUGACCGUCAUGUGGGAGCGAUUCGGCGACGUGCCCGGGGUGUUUGCGCUGCUCGAGGAGAUGCGGCACGCCGGGCUGCAGUUUGACGAGGAGACCAAGUCGGUUCUGCAUCGAAUCGACUAUGUCCUCCGCUCUGUGCAACGCGGUGAGAGCGGGUUCUUUCUCCGGAAAAUGAUGAAGAUGCCCGAGUACGAGCCCAUUCUCGAGACCAGGAUGUCGAAUUGGAUCGGACACAUUGAUUGGAAUAUCAACCAUCGGCUUGGCAGGCUCAGAAACCGGAGCCAGAGCCUCUGAAGGGCCCGGGCUAGCCAGGCGCUCGGACUGGCACGGAGCGACUGAUCGGGCCCGGUUGCUCCGCCAGGCUGUGGUUGUUUGCACAUCAGACAGAAAUCUCAAAUCGUUACCACACGGGCAGGCAUGUGACUCUGAUUGACUCGGUAUCGAGGUGCGCCGUCCACUGUGUCCAUCGCCCAUCCUCCUUGACUGCUUUGACAAAACAUGGGUGAUAAGUCGGGGGGGCGAGGUUAUAUUGUUUUAUGGUCCUGCACAAGGCUUACGGAAUUUCUUGUUAUGGCAAUUUGAAUGCGAAUACGAUUAAGAGGCGUGGUCCUGGUGUUGAAACAGCGGGCUGUGCUGAGGCAAUGGUACAAAGACGGCCAAUCACCUAGCUCUUCCCCAUGGACAGCUAUGAUGCAUCAAUUAUAGGACGGACGAGAUCAACAUCGCCUGUCAACAACGCCACGAGCUUCUUUCCCAUAAGACGACGCUUUUAAAUACCCGUAGCUCUCCCUUCCAAAGAUCCCGUGUCAGGGUCCUUCAUCAUUCCAAAGCUGCCAGCACCUGCUCACCCAUUCCAUUCCCUGAAGCUCUUCACCACUGUCAACGAUGGGUCGCUUCGAACUGACCUUCUCGGGCCUGAUCCCCGCAGGCGUGAGUAGAGAAAAGGCAGUAGCGGUGCUGCACGACCAUGGCGGAUAUUUCCGCGCGGCAGAACACUACAAGUGGCACAAGGAACUACCAAAUGACAGCGGCGCCGACCACAAGCUCCCUUCGGAAAUCCAGGACCGCAGCGCCGGCUCCGGGGCCGACGUCAAGUUGUAUACCGUGCAGAACGAAGUCCCCAACCCCGUCCUUGACUCCAAGGUCAACACCGAUUAUGAGGUCGUCGACCUUGUGGAUGGGCUGUGGUACCGUGCCAGCUCCGCGAUGGGGGUCGUCAACGAAGGGCUGUGGACCAUCGAAGAAGGACCGGAUGGGUUGCAGCUGAAAGUGAGCAUCCAAGUUGAUUGCAAUGUGAUGCUCAAGGGGCUGGUGAAGGGCCAGGUUCAGUCUGGUGCGGAGCAGAUUCACAAGAAUCUACUUGCGGCUAUGGCAAAUUAGUGGUUCGGUUUUAUUCGGCCCUGAGAAAGGUAUAUUUCGUCAAGAAAGGGAUAGGUUGCAAUCCAAAAUCAUUCAGUGCAUUACAUGGUCAGUGUCAAGCACCUAGGUAUUCCGAACGAACAGGCCCACGCAGAGAAAAUAUUUCAUUGCUUGUUUGGUAUUCAAAA